AUGGCAACAUUAGCAAGUAAACGAGCAGAUGAAGCAUUAGACAGAGCAAGAAAACAUGCUGCUAGAGCAAUAAACAUAGCAGAAGAAACAAAAAAAGCGACAACAGUACAGAAAGCAAAAGAAGAAUGUACCAAGGCGAUACAUGCAGAAGAAAGUGCUAAUGAAGAAAGAAUAAUGGCAGAAUUAGCAGCUGCAGUAGCAAAGGCAGAAGUAGCAAAAGAGGAAGCCAAGAGAGCAAAGGAAGAAGCUGAACAAAAAAUAAAAGAACUAGCUAUAAAAGUAGAAGAAGCGGAAGCAUCAGAAGUAGUUGAUGUGGCAGUAAAGUUAGCUGAAGAGGAACUAAAAAAAGUAACAAGUGAAGCAGAGAAAGCGAACGCUGCAGCAGAGAAGGCAAAAAAAGCAAAUACGCCAGAAGAGGCGAAAGCAGAAGCAAUCAAAGCAGUAGAUGCUUCCCAAAAAGCACAGACAGCAGCUGAAAUAACAAAAGCAGAAGCUGCAAAAGCAGAAGUAUAUAAAGCACUGGAAGAUAUAAAAAAAGAGGAACGAAAAAUAAAGGAACUAGCAAAAAAAGUAAAAGAACCUGAAGCAUCAAAAGUAGUUGAUGUGGCAGGAAAGGUAGCGGAAGCUGAACUAAAAAAAGUAACAAGUGAAGCAGAGAAAGCAAACGCUGCAGCAGAGAAGGCAAAAAAAGCAAAUACGCCAGAAGAGGCGAAAGCAGAAGCAAUCAAAGCAGUAGAUGCUUCUAUAGAAGCACAAAAAGCGGCAGAAAUAACCAAAACAGCAGCGGAAAUAACAAAAGCGGAAGCUGCAAAAGCAGAAGCAUAUAAAGCGCUGGAGGAUAUAAAAAAAGAGGAUCAAAAAAUAAAGGAGUUAGCAACGAAAGCAAAGGAACCGGAAGUAUUAGAAGUAGAGAAAAGAGCAGCUGAAGUGGCAAGAGAGGUUGCUGAAACUGAAAUAAAGAAAGUAAAAUGUGUAGCAGAAAAAGCAAACGCUGCAGCAGAGAAGGCAAAAAAAGCAAAUAAGCUAGAAGAAGCGAAAGCAGAAGCAACUAAAGCAAUAGACGCUUCUAAAAAGGCACAAAAAAAAGCGAGAAUAUCUAUAUAUAAAACACAAUUUGAAUACUUAAAAGUGAUAAUGCAAGACAUAUUAGAAUCAUCGGACACAUCUGAUGAUGAAGGUGAUGACGUAGUGGAUAAAAAUGAAGAAGUGACACAGGAAGUCGAAUCCAAUUUGAAAAUUACCCUUUACAUCAUUUCUGUAUUUUGGUAUCUGCACAUCCAAGAUGCUCAAAAGUGUGCGACUGUAAAUGCUGAGAAGGCCAGCUUAAGAAAUGGAUGGUCAAUAAAAAAUGGCACCUUACACAAUGGGGGAAAUAAUUUAAAUGGAGAAAAUGCUGAUUAUCUGAAUGGCACAGUUGGGGGAAAUUCCAAAGUAGAAGCAACAGAGGAAGGAUUAUCAGGACAAUCUGAGGAAAAAGUAGUUGAGGCACAAGAAGAAGAAUCCGUAUUGCAACCAAAUAAUGAAAAAGCGGAAGAAGAGGUAGAACAAAAAUCAGAAGACACUGAAACACAAACCAAAGGAGCGGCACAAGCUAAAGAAGGAACAAUAGAAGCAGAUCAAGAUUCUCAAGCGACUCAAGGUUCUCAAGUUAAUCAAGAUGCAGCGAAGGAAAUAAAAGAAAGCGAAGAAAAAAUAAAAGAAGCCUUACAACAAGCUACAGAUGCAAAAGGGGAAGCAGAUGCAGCUGAUGUAAAAAAAGAGGAACAAAAAAUAAAAGAGCUAGCAACAAAAGUGAAGGAAUCUGAAGCAUCAACAGUAGAGAAAGAAAUAGCGGAAGUGGCAGAAAAGAUAGCUGAAGAGGAACUACAGAAAGUAACAAUUGAAGCAGAAAAAGCAAACGCUGCAGCAGAGAAGGCAAAAAAAGCAAAUACGCCAGAAGAAGCGAAAGCAGAAGCAAUCAAAGCAAUAGAUGCUUCCCAAAAAGCACAAAAACAAGCAAAAACAUCUGUACAGAAAAUAGAAUUCGAAUAUCUGAAACUGAUAAAGCAAGACGUCUUAGAACCAUUGGACACAUCUGCAGAGGAAAGUCAUAACAUAAUAGAUAAAAAUGAAGAGGUAGCACAGGAAGUCGAAGAUCACGGAAAUAAAGAAGACGAUCCUGAAGAAGAAGAUGAAACAACAUCAGACGUUCAGGAAGGAAACGAAGGUGAGUUCGAUCAACAAGAAUUAGACAAUGAAGAGUUGGAAGAAGAGGAACAGGAAGAGUUCGAAGAAGAAGAGGAAGAAGUUGAAGAAGAAGCGACAAACAAAUCAGAGGCAGACGAAGGAGCGUCAGAGAAAGUAAACCAGGAAGGAGAACAAAUGGGAGGUAGCACGUCCCCUAGUGACACUACGCAUGAAGAACAAAAUUCAAGUGUGCAAUCCCCAGAACAGGGUAACAAACCAUUAAGUGAUAGCAAAGCCCAAGCGCUCCUCGCAGACAACAAUAAGGAUCUUAUGGACUUAAAAAAAAAAGCUGACCAAAUAACCAAAAAUAUAAUGAACACACUUGACGGGGAUACGGGAGUCCUAGACACGCUCAAGGAUUUCGCAAAAGAUUUGAAUCAGUUCAUUUUGGACUUGUAA